AGUGGUAGCAGUCAAAGAGAUAAGAAAUAAAUCUUAACUCUUGUCCAUAAGUGCUUACACAAUUCUCAAAGUGAAUUCUGUGGUCUAUGUUUUAAAGAUAUUACAGCUCUAGGAGAGAGCAAAGUUUCCAUGUUAAAAUUGGGCUUAAAUCCUGACUGAUAUUGUUCACAAAUACAGUUUCUCUGCAAAACUAAACCUUGUUGAAAGGAAAAUAUUCUUUUAACGUUUUAGACCAGGAAUGUCAAACUCACAGCCCUACAGAGUUUAGUUUCUACUGUAACUGAACACACCUGAAUUAAGGUUUUCAUUACUUGAAAACGAAAGGUACAGUAGGUGUUGGAGCAGGUUGAAGUUAAACUACGCAGGACUGUGACCCUCCAAAAGCUGAGUUUGACACCCCAGUUUUAGACAUUUAUGGCAGGUUCAGCUAUUGUUGCUUACUGCUUUUAAACAAGGGUUAAAACAAGUUGCAUCUGUCUCUUUUCAUCAUAGACAUGAUGCCGCUGAAAGAGGAAAAUGAAGAACUAAAUGUAAUGGAAGAUACAGAUCAGUAUAAGAAACAUGAUUUCAUAACUGGACAAACAUCAUUUAGUUGCCCACAGACUGGAAGGACUCGCUCACAAAAAAAAGCUCAAAAGACUGGAACUAGAAACAAUUUCACCUGCCUAGAGUGUGGACAGAGUUUCGAUCAACGAGGAAUCCUUAAAAUCCACAUGAGGAUUCACACUGGAGAGAGGCCUUACAUCUGCAAACUGUGUGGAAAUAGUUUCAUUCGAAUAGGAGACCUUAAAAGCCACAUGAGGAUUCACACUGGAGAGAGGCCUUACAUCUGCAAACUGUGUGGAUAUACUUUCAGUCGAAAAGAAAGCCUAACCAGGCACAUGAAAAUUCACACUGGAGAGAAGCCAUACACCUGCAAACUGUGUGGAAAUAGUUUCAUUCGAAUAGAAGACCUUAAAAGCCACAUGAGAAUUCACACUGGAGUGAAGCCAUACACCUGCAAACUGUGUGGAAAUAGUUUCAUUCGAAUAGGAGACCUUAAAAGCCACAUGAGAAUUCACACUGGUGAGAGGUCUUACACCUGCCCUUAUUGUGGAAGGAGUUUUGCACACAGACAAACUCUUAAUAUCCAUAUAAGAAUUCACACAGGAGAGAAGCCUUUCACCUGCCAACAGUGUGGAAAGAGUUUCACUCAACAUGGAAACCUUAAAGUCCACAUGAGGAUUCAUGAUGGAGAGAAGCCUUUCGUUUGCCAACCGUGUGGAAAAUAUUUCAUUGAACAUGGAAACCUUAAAGUCCACAUGAGGAUUCACACUGGAGAGAAGCCUUUCACCUGUCAACAGUGUGGAAAAUGUUUUUCAGUAAAAGGAACCCUUAAAAGCCACAUGAGCGUCCACACUGGCGAGAAGCCUUACUCAUGCCUUCAGUGUGGAAUCCGUUUCACUCGGCAUGGAAGCUUUAACAGGCACAAGAGAAUUCACACCAGAGAGAAGCCACACACCUGCUAACUGUGUAGAAGGAGCUUCACAACAAAACUAAUCAUGAACAGUCACUGGUGAGAUGAUGUUUAUAUUUGGUUGAUGAUGGUUUCUCAUGUAGUAACAUCUCAUGGCUCAAACAGAUUUCUCACCUCAGUCCUCAGUCGUGGUAUGGAGGAUGGAAGAGAGCACUGUACAUUCACUCCCCCACCGACAAUCCCUGCCGGACCUAAGACUCGAACCCACAACCUUCGGGUUACAAGUCUAACCAGUUACUCUCUAACCAUUAGGCCACAUCU